AUGAACGAAACGUUCAGUGACGCUAUCGGCAAGUACAUAGAAGUGUACAUGGAUGAUUUGGUGAUUAUGAGCAAGGAAGAGAGCACGAUGCUGGCGAACAUCCAAAAAACUUUCAACACGCUACGCAGCGUGAGUAUUAAGCUGAACCCAGCAAAAUGCUCAUUCGGUAUGGAAGAAGGAAAGUUCUUAGGCUUCAUCGUCACAAAAGAUGGUUUUAAGGUGAAUCCGGAAAAAGUCCAAGCCAUUGAAAGGAUGCCUUCCCCGUCAAACAUCAAAGAUAUGCAAAAAUUAGCAGGACGAUUAGCCGCGCUCAAUCGUUUCCUAGCUAAUCAUGCCGCAAAAUCCUUUCCGUUCAUCAAAACCUUGCGCAAUUGUAUGAAGAAAAGCCAGUUUCAGUGGACUCCGGAAGCAGAGAGUGCGUUCCACGAGAUGAAAGAUUGCCUCAUCAAACUGCCAACACUAACCACACCAAACAAGGGAGAACCUUUGGUACUUUACCUAUCAGCUUCCGAUAGGGCAGUCGGAGCAGUGUUACUUGUCGAUCGUCAAGGUGUCCAGACACCAGUCUACUAUGUGUCACGAACCUUGACCGACCCAGAAACCCGGUAUGCCAUCAUGGAAAAGCUAGUCCUUGCACUGAUUCAUGCUUCAAGACGGCUGCGCAGAUACUUUGCCAAUCACGUCAUCCAUGUGCUAACAAACUACAACAUUGGCAACAUCCUUGCAAGGCCAGAAAUAUCAGGAAGACUAGCCAAAUGGGCGAUAGAACUGGGAGGUCACAAUGUGGUUUUCAGAACACGACCAUCAAUCAAAGGCCAAGUCUUGGCAGAUUUUAUGACAGAAGUUCCAGAUGACAAAGAUAGAGAAUGCAAAGCAAUGGAAAAAGCUGAGAAAAAGCAAACAGAAGAGCCAUGGUUGUUAUACACCGAUGGCGCGUCUAACGAAGACGGAGCAGGCGCAGGGCUAAGGCUGGUAUGCCCCGGCAAACAUGAAUUCACGUACGCCAUACGCCUGGAUUUUAAAAGCACAAACAACGAAGCCGAGUAUGAAGCUUUCCUGGCUGGUUUACGGUUGGCGAUCAAAAUGGGGGUCCGACACAUCGAAGCGCAUGUGGACUCCAUGCUAGUAGCGGGGCAAAUCAACGGCCAAUACGAAGCCAAGGGAGAUGUAAUGGCACUCUAUCUCAGCCAAACAAAACCGUUGCUACAAACCUUCUAUUCCUACAAGGUGCACCACAUAAACAGAAGCGAGAACAAGCCAGCAGACGCGCUGAGCAAACUCGCAUCAACAAGUUUUCAACACCUAGCAAAGGAUGUGCGCAUAGAAGUUUUGAGCAACCCAUCUGUUCCACUCAGAGAAGUAAGCGUCAUCCAAACAGGGACAACUUCUUGGAUGACCCCAAUAAUCAUGUACCUUCAAUCAGGAAUUCUCCCGGAAAACAAAGCAGAGGCAAGAAAAAUCCAAUACAAGGCCGAGCACUAUCAGAUGGCCGACGGAAUUUUAUACAGAAAGUCAUACCUAGGCCCGUUGCUAAGAUGCGUAGACACCGAAGAUGCAAAUUACUUAAUCCGGGAAGUUCAUGAAGGAAUUUGUGGUAUUCAUGCCGGGCCUCGAAUGGUGGUGGCAAAAGUGAUGAACGCCGGGUACUACUGGCCCGGGAUGCAUUUAGACGCUGUAAAAGAGUUGAGGAAGUGCAGUGGAUGCCAGAGACACGCGCCCAAGACCAUGCGCCCCAAUAACGAAUUAGUACCAGUCACAACCACAUGGCCCUUUCAACAAUGGGGCAUAGACAUGGUCGGUCCUUUCCCGUAA